AUGCCCCGUAUCUGGUUCAUCACCGGCUGUUCCUCCAGCUUCGGACGCCAGUUGGCCAUUACGGCCGCUGAGAACAAGGACACUGUCGUUGCCACCUCGCGCGACCCCUCAAAGCUAUCCGAUCUGGCCUCGAUAGGUGUUAUUACGAAGAAGCUUGAUGUGCAAGCCAGCGAUGCCGAAGUCAAAGCGGUUAUCGACGACGUUGUUUCUACUAUUGGUCCAAUUGACAUUCUGGUAAACAACGCGGGGUAUAUUUUGGAAGGAGGUGUAGAAGAGUGCAGCCACGAAGAAAUUGUGGACCAAUUCGACGUCAACGUCUUCUCACAGAUCCGCGUCCUUAGAGCGGCUCUCCCCUCUAUGCGCGCCCGCAAAUCCGGCGUCGUCGCUAACUUUGGCUCGAUCGGCGGCUGGCAGGGCUCCCCGGCGGCGGGUAUGUAUUGCGCUACCAAGGCCGCUAUCGCGAUCUACACCGAAUCCCUACGCAACGAACUAGCUCCUUUCAAUAUUGAAGUCACCUGUGUUGAGCCGGGCUACUUCCGCACCAACUUCCUUACUGGUGGCCACAAGAUCACUGCCAAGAACCGCAUUCUCGAGUUAGACGCCGGCACCCAGGCCACCCGCGAUGCCCUCGCUGCUUACAGUCUCCAUCAACCCGGUGACCCCAUUAAGGGCGCUCAAGUUCUCUUCGAGGCUUUCACUAAGACUGGUCGCUGCGAGGGACGUAGUCUCCCCGGAAGAUUAGCCCUAGGUCGAGAUUCCUUGGCCGCCAUUGGGGGGAGUAUUGCCCGCGAACAGGAGAUGCUUGAUAGUUGGAAGGAGAUCAUUGGUUCUACGGACUGUAAUGAUGUAUAA